AUGGCUAGAACCAAGCAAACAGCUAGAAAGUCUACCGGUGGUAAGGCUCCAAGAAAGCAAUUGGCCUCUAAGGCUGCCAGAAAGUCUGCGCCAUCGACCGGUGGUGUCAAGAAGCCACACAGAUAUAAGCCAGGUACCGUUGCCUUGAGAGAAAUCAGAAGAUUCCAGAAGUCUACUGAGUUGCUCAUCAGAAAGUUGCCUUUCCAGAGAUUGGUCAGAGAAAUCGCCCAGGACUUCAAGACCGACUUGAGAUUCCAGUCUUCCGCCAUCGGUGCCUUGCAGGAAUCCGUUGAAGCCUACUUGGUCUCCUUGUUCGAAGACACUAACUUGUGUGCCAUUCACGCCAAGAGAGUUACCAUCCAAAAGAAGGACAUUCAAUUGGCUAGAAGAUUGAGAGGUGAAAGAUCCUAA